AUGUUUUCAGUUAUUCCUGAGGAUUCUUUACCACCAACGGGUUACUCGCUGAAAUCUGUAAUCAUAAUAUGUAUAUUAGUUUCGAUUUUGUGUCAGACUUUGCUACCGGUUCUUGUAUCACAUCUUAAUAGUGUAAUAAAGGAUUUUGUCGAUCGAAAAGGGGUAAAAAAUGUGAAUCGUCGAGCAUUAAUCAGCACGGGUUCGGAUGUUGAACAAUCUCCGGCAAUUCGAAAGCCAGCAUUUCUAGUGGAUCCCAUUUAUGACGAAAAAUGGAAGGGGACAAACUAUGCGAUUCCCGUUCAUACUUCAACGGAUCGCGAGGAUCAGGAAGACGAUCCUGCCAAGAUCCAAGAAGCACUAGCAGCCGCCAAAGCGGCAAGACGAUCGCGGAAGAGCGGAAAUCUGGACAAGGCGCUCUCGAUUAUAACUCACGCGAUCGCACUAGCUCCAAAUAAUCCCGAAAUUCUUAUCGAAAUGGGAUUGGUCAAUGAGGAAAGUCACAAUCUAAUCGAGGCCGACAAAUGCUAUGUGAAAGCAUUGGCGUUCGAUCCCAAUCAUACCGAAGCAUUGUCGCUUCGCGCACGAACCGGCCCGAUUGUGAGCGCGAUCGAUAGGAAAAUGCUCCAAAAAGUGCACGAUUUGAGAGACGAAUUUGCGCAUUUACAACAAUCGACAGCAUUGCGAAGGCUGAUGAGAGAGACUUAUUUCCUAUAUGUUUAUCAUACAGUGGCGAUUGAAGGAAACACAAUGUCAUUGGGCCAGACAAGAGCAAUCCUUGAGACGGGAAUGGCGGUGCCCGGAAAAAGCAUUCGCGAGCACAACGAGGUUAUCGGCAUGGAUGCCGCCCUUCGCUAUCUCAACAGCACACUGCUGGCGAUGGAUCAUGAGCAAAUCUCGCUGAAUGAUAUUCUCGAAAUUCAUCGGCGAGUUCUCGGCAACGCCGAUCCGAUCGAGGCGGGAACGCUGCGAAAAACGCAGGUCUACGUUGGUCGAUUCACACCGGUGGCACCCGAAUACGUUGAGGAGCAAAUGGAGGAGUUUGUCGAAUGGUUGAACGACGCGCACACGAUGGCGAUGGAUCCGAUCGAGCGCGCCGCAAUUGCGCACUACAAACUGGUUUUGGUGCAUCCGUUCACCGACGGAAACGGCCGAACCGCGAGGCUUCUCCUCAAUUUGAUCAUGAUGCGAAGCGGCUUCCCGCCGGUGAUUCUUCCCGUCGAGACCCGCGCGGAAUACUACGCGACUUUACACGUGGCAAAUCUUGGCGACCUUCGACCUUUUGUUCGCUACGUCGCCCAUCAAUCGGAUGUUUCCAUUAGGAAAUAUAUAAAUACGAUGCGAACAUCGGAGAAAUGUAUAGAACGAAAAGCGGAGGAGCUUGGAGAAUCAUGUGAUAAAUCAUAA